AUGUCAAACUCCCCUUCCACAGCGGCAACGACGAGCCUGUCCGGUAACGAUUACUUCUGGGUGCUGCUCCACAACUUCGACGGACCGCGAGGACAGCACGGGCAUCGGUUCCUUGGUAUCUUUGGAAAUGAGGAUUCUGACAAAGUCUAUAUGAAAGAAUUUCUACAUUGGCUCUGCGAGAGCAACGAGAAACUCAUCCAGGCCAAGCAGGAGAUCGACUCUACCAUAGAGGAGUGUUAUCUCGGCGAGGACGAAAGGUAUCAGAUCAAACUCGUACCAGAUGGCAAACCGGCCGAGAACACGAAGCAGUUAGCUUUCGAGAUCCGCAAAGGAUGUGGAGUACAAUCAGGCAUUGCCAAAAGACUCAAGAACGAGGCUCCACGCCCACUAUACCAGUGUCGAUCCAUCAUCUUCAGGCCCCACCCCACAACGAUAUAUCCAAACUCGAGGCAGGAUCGGGAAAAGUGGACAGGGCGUUCUGUGCUGCCUGGCAUGAAGAAUUUCAAUCACGGAGAGGAUAUCGUUACUUAUAGGUUUGCAAAAAACGCUAUGGAGUACGCGCGCUCGAAAAUCGUGAAUUCACUGGGUAAUGCGGGCGUGAGUAAGGUCGAAGCAGAGUAUAUGCACGGCGGGUGGAUCGGUAUUGUGCUGGACGGUGAACAUGUGAAGAUGAUGGUAGUUGUGAAUAAGUGGGAAUGGGACGAUUACGUUAAGGAAUGGCGUGUGGGGUCGAUGAAUGGUCAUGAAGAGACAGACUUAGAUAGUUGUUCUGAGUCCGAAGAAACAGACUCAGAGAGCUCUUCUGAGCAUGAAGAAACAGACUCACAGGGUGAUUCGGGGUAUGAAGGGACAGACUCACAAAGUUCGUCUAGGUGA